AUGCUUUUAUUUAUAUCGGCUUUGCUUCUUCUUUCCCCCCUUUCUUUAUUUCUUUAUAUUUGUUCUGACCUCUCAAAUGGCACCAAGUUUUCAUUGCUUCCUAAGCCAGACGACAUCAUCAUUACAACAAAAUCCGCCUUUCGCCGUAGAUUUUACGCAAGUAUUGCUUCCGUUCUGAGAUCUCGUCCUUUGAAUCUUUCUCUGAAUCUAUCUAUCUAUCCUUCUUUUUAUUCAUUAAUUCUUUCUUUCUUUUCUCUUUCUUUCUUUUUAGAUAAAGUCUUUCUUUUCCUGCUUACACCUUCAUUUUUUUUUCCACAAGUUGAUUCUAAACACCAGGCCAAGAAAGAUUCGCACUUGGUGAACUUUCACAGAAAUUUGUCCUACAAAAUGUCUCCGAGGAUAUUUUCAGUAGUGAACGAAACAUUCCUCUUUCUCUCUUCCCCGAUUCCUGUUGCACCAAUUCACUUCUUUGCCUUUUCAUGUCCUCCACAAUUUCUAUUCAUGUAUGAAUCUUGCCCUCUCUCUCUCUCUCUCUCUCUCUCUCUCUCUCUUAUUAACCUGUUCAUUAAUAUCUGCCUCCUGUAUUCAUAUCUAUCUAUCUAUCUAUCUAUCUAUCUAUCUAUCUAUCUAUCUAUCUAUCUAUCUCAGUCUGUUCAUAUCUAUCUAUCCCAGUCUGUUCAUAUCUAUCUAUCUAUCUAUCUAUCUAUCUAUCUAUCUAUCUAUCUAUCUAUCUAUCUAUCUAUCUAUCUAUCUCAGUCUGUUCAUAUCUAUCUAUCCCAGUCUGUUUAUAUCUAUCUAUCUAUCUAUCUAUCUAUCUAUCUAUCUAUCUAUCUAUCUAUCUAUCUAUCUAUCUCCAUCUCCUUCCGUCUAUUCCCGCGCCAUCUGUUCAUUCCCUUCCUGUCUUCUCUUUCUGGCAUCAUUUCUUUCCGUCUUUUCCAAUUUCUUCAUUCUCGCCUCUUAGCGGAAUGUCCUUCCUUGUUCCAUUGUUAUUUCUCCCCAUUGAAAUCUGCACCAAACAAUUCAAGAACGAUUGAAUAUCUCUGUUUGCUUCUUGAAUAUUUCUAUGAACUUCUCUCUAUUUGUCUUUUCUGUUUCUUUCUCUCUCUGUUUCUCGCUACCUCCACGCCACCCUCACUGUCUAUCUAUCUAUCUAUCUAUCUAUCUAUCUAUCUAUUCUUUUUCUUGAUAUAUCUACCACUUUUUUAUCUCCCUUUAACUCUCUCUCUCUCUCUCUCUCUUUCUCUCUCUCUCUCUCUCUAUCUCUAUCUCUCUCUCUCUUUCUAUGACAAUGAUUUUAACAUCCUUUGCCUAUUUUUUUCGUUUGGUUUCUUCAUUUUCUUCGCUUCUUCCAAUUCGUUUUCCUUGUUUAUUUUUUCUUCUUUCUUUUCUUUUCUUCUGUUGCUUGUGUUUUCUAUUCUCUUCGACCUUUUCUUUAUUUCCUUUCUUCUUCUUCUUCUUCUUCUUCUUCUUCUUCUUCUUCUUCUUCUUCUUCUUCUUCUUCCUCCUCCUCCUUUAACAUUUUUUUUACUUUUCCUUCUCCCUUUUUUCCUUUUUUUUUAUUUAUCAACCGUUACUUUUUUUCGUUUUUUACUUUUACUUUUUCUUCUCCUUUUUUCAUUAUUUGUUUACUUUUUAUUUCUUCCAAGUGGCUCUUCUACUCCUUUUUUUGCGGGGGUGUCUUCUCUUCCUUUUAAUCCACUUCCUUUCUUUUUGUUUUCUUUCCUAUACUUCUUGUCCCUUUUAUUCAUUCAUUUUCUCGUAUUUGUUGUCAUUUUUUCUAUUUCUCUUGUCUUCUUUUUUACCUUUCAUAUUUUUCUGUUUCUUUGUUUUUAUUUCUUUAUUAUUUCUCAUGCAUUUCUUCCCCAUGUCUUCAUUGUGUGUUCUUAUUUUUUUCUUUUGUUUUCUCUUUAUUUCUUUUUCUUCUUGUAUUUCUUUUUCAUCAUUUUAGUAAGUUCUUUAUUCCUUCUUUUAUAUUUAUUCAACACUGCUUUUUUUUCUUUUAUCUCUUCUAUUGUUUCUCAUUUUUAUUUUUUCUUUCUUUUCUUCUUUUCCUCUUUGUUUUUCUUUCUUUAUUCUUUUUCUGUAUUUGUUCUUUUUUUUACAUCAGAGCUUUUCUUUCUUUUUUUUUCUAAAUCACAGUUUAAACAUUCAUUCUUCUUUCUUUCCGUUCUUCAUUCUUCUCAUCCAUUAGUUAAAUCUUUCUUUCUUCUUCUUCUUCUUUUCGUUAUUCAAUCCUUUUACUCGUCUUUUCUUUCUUUCUUUCUUUCUUUCUUUCUUUCUUUCUUUCUUGCGUUUUUUUCUUUCUUUAUUGUUCUCCGCUUUUCAUCUAUUUCUAUUUUUCUUUCUUUCAUUUAUUCAUCCAUCCAUUUCACUUUGAUUUUUCGUUCUUUUCUUCUCUUCCUGCCUUUUUUUAUUUUCCUCUUUCUGUUGCUCUUUUUUAUUUCUAUUAUUCACUUCUUUAUUUCUCUAUUCUUUAUUUUUCUUUUUUUUCUUUUAAUUUUUUAUCUUCUUUCUAUUUGCGACCAUGUUUCUCCCCCCCAUCUCUCUCUCUCUGCUUUUCUCUUUCUUUCUUUCUUUCUUUCUUUCUUUCUUUCUUUCUUUCUUUCUUUUCCUGUUUUCACUAUUAAUCUAUUUUUCUACUCUUCUUCCUCUUCCUUUGCCUUUGUCUUUAGCUUCUUCACUCAACUUCAAGCCAUCCUAACCAUCCAUCGCCAACUCUAUUUUCUCUUUGUUUUUUUUAACAUUUAUCUCUGUUUUACACCGCCUUUUGCUCGUUCCGUGGCUUAA